GCUACCGGGCGUGUGCCGGCGGGCGGGCGACCGGCCUGGCCUGCCUGUCUGCAAGCCUUCCUCCUGGAAGCCUCCGAUCCAUUUUGAACUAUGGGAGACCCGCCGCCCGACCCUGAGCCCCCUUCCCAGCCGCCUGGUUCCAGUCGGAGGAGUUCCCAGGUUUCCCAGCAGCGCAGUCGGGAACUGGGUCAGCUCCAGCCCGCCUUCUCCGAGGAGGCGGAGCAGAUAGCGCCUGAGGCCCGGGUCCUGCAGAGCAGUCAGGGGUACCUGGCGAGCCAGACCAACCUCCAGGGCUGGUCACCAGGGGCCACCGUGACCCAGCAGGAGAACUUGAUGUUCCAGGCUGAGGAAGCCCGGCUGGGUGGUGUAGAGUACCCGCCCUUGAGUAUGGGCUUUCCCAUGCAGCCCUACCCUUACCUGGAAGAAGGCGGGAUCCAGGUCCCCCGAACCGCCAGCAUGGUGCUGCAGCAACUACAGCAGGGCCAAGGCAGCCUCUUCGAGCAGCUGGAGUCCGCCUACCAGGGCUCCGGGGCCGACUUCCUGGGCCAGUUCAACAUGUACCAGAGAGAAGACAUGCAGUACAGCCAGGAUGCCCAGCACGGGCCCUACCUGAGGGACGACCCCGCCCUCCAGUUCUCCCCCUCCGAGCUGGGCUUCAUGCCCUUCACUAUGGAGGAGCCGGAGCCGGAGCCUCGGGAGCUGGCGGUGCAGAAUGCCAAGGCCUACCUGCUGCAGACCAGCGUCAAUUGCAGCCUCAGCCUGUAUGAGCACCUGGUGAACCUGCUGACCAAGAUCCUGAACCAGCGGCCCGAGGACCCCUUGUCCAUCCUGGAGUCGCUGAACCGCACCACACAGUGGGAGUGGUUCCACCCCAAGCUGGACACCAUGCGGGAUGACCCGGAGAUGCAGCCCACCUACGAGAUGGCGGACAGGCAGAAGGCGCUGUUCCUCCGGAGCAGCGGAGGCGAGGGCGAACAGGAGAUGGAGGAGGAGGUGGCUGACACCCCGGUGCCCAACGUCAUGGAGGCGGCCUUCUACUUCGAGCAGGCUGGCGUGGGCCUGAGCUCGGACGAGAGCUUCCGCAUCUUCCUGGCCCUGAAGCAGCUGGUGGAGCAGCAGCCCGUCCACACGUGCCGCUUCUGGGGCAAGAUCCUGGGGCUCCGCCGCAGCUACCUGGUGGCCGAGGUGGAGUUCCGAGAGGGCGAGGAGGAGGGCGAGGAGGAGGAGGUGGAGGAGGCGGUGGAGGGCGGGGAAGCCGCGGACGCGCCGGGCGAGGAGGAGGGCGAGGAAGACGAGGAGAAGGUGAGCGACGUGGUCCCCAAGCCCGCGUGGAAGCCGCCGCCCGCCGUCCCCAAGGAGGAGAGCCGCUCGGGCACCAACAAGUACCUGUAUUUCGUGUGCAACGAGCCGGGCCGGCCGUGGGCGCGGCUGCCGCACGUCACGCCCGCGCAGAUCGUGCAGGCGCGCAGGAUCCGCAAGUUCUUCACCGGCCACCUGGACGCGCCGGUCGUCAGCUUCCCGCCCUUCCCCGGCAACGAGGCCAACUACCUGCGGGCGCAGAUCGCGCGCAUCUCGGCCGCCACGCACAUCAGCCCGCUCGGCUUCUACCAGUUUGGGGAGGAGGAGGGCGACGAAGAAGAGGAGGGCGGCGCGGGGCGCGACUCCUACGAGGAGAACCCCGACUUCGAGGGCAUCCCGGUGCUCGAGCUGGUGGACUCCAUGGCCAACUGGGUGCACCACACGCAGCACAUCCUGCCGCAGGGCCGCUGCACUUGGGUGAACCCUUUGCAGAAGAUGGAGGAGGAAGAGGAGCUAGGGGAGGAGGAAGAGAAGGCAGACGAGGCGAUGGAGGAGGUGGAGCAGGAAGUCGGGCCCCCGCUGCUGACGCCGCUCUCAGAAGAUGCAGAAAUCAUGCACAUGACCCCCUGGACCACCCGCCUGUCCUGCACCCUCUGCCCGCAGUACUCCGUGGCCGUCGUGCGCUCCAAUCUUUGGCCAGGGGCCUAUGCCUACGCCAGUGGCAAGAAGUUUGAGAACAUCUACAUCGGCUGGGGCCACAAGUACAGUCCCGAGAACUUCAACCCACCUCUGCCGGCCCCCGUUCAGCAGGAGUACCCCAGCGGCCCCGAGAUCACGGAGAUGAGUGACCCCACGGUGGAAGAGGAGCAAGCCCUCAAGGCGGCCCAGGAGCAGGCCCUGACGGCCGGGGAGGAAGAGGAGGAAGAUGAGGAAGAAGAUGAGGAAGAGGAUCUGGAUGACUGAAGGGGGCCCCCACCAACCCCUUCCCCCAGCAGGUAGAUAGCAGGCUUUCCCUUAUACAUAGUGAUGGGUUUUUUGUUUUUGUUUUGUUUUUCACUGUUGGUUUGCUUUCUGCCCCUGGAGGACAUGAGUAGAAGAGGAAGGUAGCUGCUCUAAAUAAAAUGUCCCCAUGGCAUUAUGGCCUAGUUUCCCA